AUGUUCGCAAGUGCCCGACAACUGUCAACGACACCGUCGGCUCUACCCGAAUCGGUGGCUUGGCUCGAGCACCUGACGCUCGAAAUGUCUUCAUCCGUCGACACCCGGCACGGACUGGGCAAGCGCAAUGUGCAAUACGAACUGCACAUGAUCUACCAAACCUCCAAGAAUGAGACCACGGCAUGGACAAUUUCUCGGAGUUUCGACAAAUACCGCGACCUGCGCCGGAGGUUAGUGUUGGCUCUACGACUUGGCCAUCGGUGCAAUUCCGAGUGCAGGUGGCUGGGUAACGUAAUCAAACACCACUUUCCUAGAGCCUCGCUGUUCUGCAGGGGUUGCCCAACAGGAGUGGAGGGCACUCGAGCUGCAUUGUUGCGUAUGCUCAACACAGUGAAGGCGUCUCUAGUGAACCACGGGAACCUCGGCUGCUCCAGGAUGAGAGAAGAUGUUAGCAAGGUCUUUACGAUGUUCGUGUCUAGCAACAGCUUGGGCAAAGAUUUGUCCAUUAUACACUCGUCCACGGCGACGUCUUCAACGUCUUCGCUAUCGCUAUCUCCCAGCAAUUUUGAGCGCUUGUCGACGUCGGCAUCUCUCACUUCGGAUGAAGAAGUUCAGGAGAUAGCCCUCGCGUUUGACGACUUCUCUUGUGGCCACUUUUCACGGUGCGAGUGCGGCGCGUGCCGAUCUAGCUUGCAUUAG